AUGUUCUUUUACUUGAGCAAGAAAGUUGCCGUGCCCAAUAACGUGAAGCUGAAAUGUGUAUCUUGGAACAAGGACCAAGGAUUCAUAGCAUGUGGUGGUGACGAUGGAUUACUGAAAGUUUUGAAAUUGGAGACACAGACAGAUGAUACAAAAUUGAGGGGUCUUGCAGCCCCUAGUAACCUUUCUAUGAAUCAGACUCUCGAAGGUCAUAGUGGUUCUGUUCAAGUCGUAAUAUGGAAUGAACAAUAUCAGAAGUUGACUACCAGUGACGAAAAUGGGCUUAUUAUUGUUUGGAUGUUAUAUAAAGGCUCUUGGUAUGAGGAGAUGAUCAACAACAGAAAUAAGUCAGUGGUUCGAAGCAUGAGCUGGAAUGCUGAUGGACAGAAGAUCUGCAUUGUAUAUGAGGAUGGGGCUGUGAUCGUUGGUUCGGUGGAUGGGAACCGCAUUUGGGGAAAAGACCUGAAGGGUGUGCAGUUAUGCCAUGUAGCAUGGUCCGCAGAUAGUAAAGUCUUACUUUUUGGAAUGGCCAAUGGAGAGAUACACAUUUAUGAUAAUCAAGGAAAUUUUAUUAUGAAAAUGAAGCUGAACUGUUUAGUGAACGUCACUGGAGCCGUCAGCAUUGCUGGGAUUCAUUGGUACCAUGGUGCAGAGGGUUACGUGGAGCCAGAUUGCCCCUGCCUCGCCAUCUGCUUUGACAAUGGGAGAUGCCAAAUAAUGAGACAUGAGAAUGACCAAAAUCCUGUUUUAAUUGAUACUGGCAUGUAUGUAGUAAGUAUCCAGUGGAACCACACUGGCAGCGUCUUAGCAGUGGCAGGCUCCCAGAAGGUCAUCACUCAGGAUAAAGAUAUAAACAUUGUGCAAUUUUAUACUCCAUUUGGUGAGCAUCUGGGUACCUUGAAGGUUCCUGGAAAGCAUAUGUCUGCACUAUCUUGGGAAGGAGGUGGACUGAAAAUUGCACUGACUGUUGAUUCUUUUAUAUAUUUUGCAAAUAUUCGACCUGAUUAUAAGUGGGGUUAUUGCUCAAACACCGUAGUUUAUGCUUAUACCAGACCUGAUCGUCCAGAGUACUGUGUUACCUUUUGGGAUACAAAAAACAAUGACAAGUAUGUUAAGUAUGUGAAGAGUCUCAUUUCUAUUACUACCUGUGGCGACUUCUGCAUUUUGGCCACAAAAGCUGAUGAAAAUCACCCUCAGGAGGAGAACGAGAUGGAAACAUUUGGUGCAAUGUUUGUGCUAGUUCUGUGUAAUUCUAUUGGCACACCUAUGGAUCCCAAAUACAUUGAUCUUGUGCCAUUAUUUGUUACAAUGACCAAAACCCAUGUGAUAGCAGCUUCAAAAGAAGCAUUUUAUAUCUGGCAAUAUCGUGUGGCAAAGAAGCUUACAGCAUUGGAAAUUAAUCAGAUCACCCGGUCUCGAAAAGAAGGGAGAGAAAGAAUUUAUCAUGUUGAUGAUACUCCUUCUGGAUCAUUGGAUGGUGUGCUUGAUUAUAGUAAAGCCAUUCAAGGCACAAGGGAUCCGAUUUGUGCCAUAACUGCAUCUGAUAAGACCUUGAUUGUGAGUCGUGAAUCUGGCACCUUUCAGAGAUACAGUCUUCCUAACGUUGGUUUGAUUCAAAAAUACUCCCUUAAUUGUCAAGCCUACCAAUUAUCCUUGAAUUGCAACUCUAGCCGCCUUGCUGUCAUCGACAUCUUAGGAGUUCUAACCUUCUUUGACUUGGAUGCUCGAGUGACAGACAGCACAGGACAGCAAGUCAUUGGCGAGUUGUUAAAAUUGGAGCGAAGAGAUGUCUGGGAUAUGAAAUGGGCCAAAGAUAAUCCUGAUUUGUUUGCAGUCAUGGAGAAGACAAGAAUGUAUGUUUUCAGAAACUUGGAUCCUGAGGAACCCAUUCAGACUUCUGGAUAUAUAUGUAACUUUGAGGAUUUAGAAAUUAAAUCUGUUCUCUUGGAUGAGAUAUUAAAGAAUCCAGAAUAUCCAAACAAGGAUUAUAUCAUUAACUUUGAGAUCAGGUCCCUUCGAGAUAGUCGAGCAGUGAUCGAGAAGGUUGGAAUAGAGAAUGCUUCUCAGUUCAUCGAGGAUAAUCCACACCCCCGACUUUGGCGCCUGCUAGCUGAAGCAGCUCUUCAGAAACUGGAUUUGCACACUGCAGAGCAAGCGUUUGUGCGUUGCAAAGAUUACCAGGGCAUUAAGUUUGUGAAGCGCCUGGGCAACCUGCAGAGCGAGCCCAUGAAGCAGGCAGAGGUGGCUGCCUACUUCGGCCGGUUCGAGGAGGCAGAAAGGAUGUAUCUGGAUAUGGACAGAAGAGAUCUGGCUAUUGGCCUCCGGCUGAAGUUGGGAGAUUGGUUUAGAGUACUCCAGCUUCUGAAAACUGGAUCAGGUGACGCAGAUGACAGUCUCCUUGAGCAAGCCCACAAUGCCAUCGGAGACUACUUUGCUGAUCGACAAAAGAGGUUGAAUGCUAUACAAUAUUAUGUACAAGGCCGGAACCAGGAACGCUUAGCUGAAUGUUAUUAUAUGUUAGAAGAUUAUGUGGGAUUGGAGAAUCUUGCCAAUUCACUUCCAGAAAACCACAUGUUGCUUCCAGAAAUAGCACAGAUGUUUGUGAGAGUUGGAAUGUGUGAACAAGCAGUGACUGCAUUUUUGAAAUGUAAUCAGCCGAAGGCAGCAGUGGAUACCUGUGUACAUCUCAACCAAUGGAACAAAGCUGUUGAAUUGGCUAAAAGUCAUAAUAUGAAAGAAAUUGGUUCCCUGUUAGCAAAGUAUGCAUCUCAUUUAUUGGAAAAGAAUAAAAUUCUUGAUGCCAUAGAACUCUAUCGGAAAGCCAAUUACUUUUAUGAUGCUGCCAAGCUGAUGUUUAAGAUUGCAGAUGAAGAGGCAAAGAAAAGAACUAAACCUUUACGUGUGAAGAAGCUCUAUGUGCUGUCAGCUUUACUUAUAGAGCAGUACCAUGAACAAAUGAAAAAUGCCCAACGAGGCAAAGUUAAAGGAAAGAGCUCAGAGGCCACUUCUGCUUUGGCUGGUUUGCUGGAAGAAGAAGUUCUGUCGACAAGUAGUUGUUUCACUGAUAAUGCUUGGAGAGGGGCUGAGGCUUAUCACUUCUUUAUACUGGCGCAAAGACAGCUCUAUGCGGGCUAUGUUGACACAGCACUGAAGACAGCUCUUCACCUGAGAGACUAUGAAGACAUCAUCCCUGCAGUUGAGAUCUACUCUCUGUUAGCACUCUGUGCGUGUGCCACUAGAGCUUUUGGUACUUGUUCAAAAGCUUUUAUUAAACUCGAAUCUUUAGAGACCCUCAGUUCGGAACAGAAGCAGCAAUAUGAAGAUCUUGCUCUAGAAAUCUUCACCAAACAUACUCCGAAAGAUAACAGAAAAUCCGAGUUGGACGGCCUUCUUGAAGGAGGGGAAGGGAAACUGCCAACGUGUGUUGCCACAGGAAGCCCAAUUACUGAAUAUCAAUUCUGGAUGUGCAGUGUGUGUAAGCAUUGUGUCCUGGCUCAGGAAAUAAAUAACUACAACUUCUGUCCCUUAUGCCAUAGUGCAGUGGGAUGA